AUGAUAAAAUUUCCGAUUCCACCAAACAUUGUACUACCCGGUAAUAUCACGUAUACUUUGCCAAAUUUUCGACCAGGUGAUAGUCAAACGUUUGAUCGUGCACUUGGUUCUCUGGUGGGCUUAACAAUUGGUGAUGCACUUGGAGCAAGUGUUAAAUAUCGUCCUCGACAAUAUCUCAUAAGUUAUCCAGUGCGAGACAUGCAAGCUGGUGGUACUCAGGGUCUUAAAGCUGGCCAAUGGACAGACAAUACGUCCAUGGCUCUUUGCCUUGCUUCAUCGCUUCUAACACAACGAAAUUUCAACCCGUAUGAUCAAAUGGUGCGCUAUCUUUGGUGGUACAAAUUUGGAUAUCUUUCAUCUACAGGUUACUGUUUCAAUAUUAGCAACGCAACACGAGAUGUAUUAGAAGAAUUUUUCCAUCGUCAAAAAAUUCUCAAGAGACAUUAUCAUAUUAAAAACGAUGCCGAAAUCGAUCAACUUCCAUUGGGUCAUGUUACUCGAGUAACAGAAUUCGAUAUCAAUUGUGGUACGCCAGGUGUAGCAACGAAUAAUGCUCUCGUUCGUCUUGCAUCUGUACCAAUACUCUUCUAUCAAAAUCCGGAGGCUGCUGUCGAAUUGUCUGGUCAAAGUGCGCGUCUCACUCAUGGUGAUCCGAGAGCUAUCGAUGCUUGUCGUUACUUAGGUGCACUUAUCGUGGCUGCAGUUCGUGGCGAACAUAAAAGUUCUCUUCUGAGUAAUGACUUCUACUCUGCACAUCAAGCAUGGUUCGGUUCGAAAGGACUCCAUGAAGAAGUUUAUCGUGUCAGUCUUGGAUCUUACAAGCAACCACAAGGAUAUGAGAGUGGUAUUCGAUGUGGAACUUACAUUAUCAAGUCUUUGGAAGCAGCGCUUUGGGCAUUUUGGAACGAUGAAAACUCAUUUCAGAUUGGUGUCCUCAAAGUUGUUAAUCUAGGCGACGAUACAGAUUCAACAGCAGCUAUCUACGGCCAAUUGGCAGGUGCUUAUUAUGGACGUUCUUCUAUUCCUAUACAUUGGAUGAAACAACUUUAUGCAGCUCCAUUGAUUGAAUGUAUCGGUCAAUGGCUCUACGUCGAAGCUCAUCAAAUUGGCUCUUCAAAUCGAGAGCAAAUCCCUGCAACGAUGCAAAUGCAAGCACCAACAUUAGCAACCAAUCAACAAGGACUUGAAGGAAAUAAUCACGUGCGUAUGACACAACAGAAAACAUUUGAUAUUGCGCGUGCCAGUGUCGAAACUUUAGAUCCACACCGAGCAUGGCGAUAUUUACCUUCACCCCUAGAUAUGGCUGCUGGUUUACCGAGCAAUUAUAAUCUGCCGAAAACAAUGCCACCGACAUCCACAGACUGGCGAACCUUCCCACAGGGACGAUUCAACUAUACCAACUAG